UUCGAAUGAAAACACGCGCAAAAAAAAGUGUUGCGACUUUGCUUCUUUUCUGGUGCUUGUAGCUUAAAUAAUGAAAGUAAAACCCUGGGAUAUUUGCUGUUGUGAGUUUUUUGGGAUGCGAUUAUAUUUUGUGGAUAUUGUAAGAGUGGCGGCGACAUUAAUUUCCGAUUCAUGAAGGAACAGCCACAGGGAUUGCCGCUGGAAGCUCUUCAUGCUCCCAGCGGUGUACGAAAGCAUCACCCAUGGAGAGAUUUUUGUUCUCGCUUUGAAUGUUGGGUUGUAAAAAUGGUCUGCUCUGUCCUUUUUUUUCGGAUCCUUGCUUUUUUAUUUGUUGUUUUCAGUGCAAGUUUCUUUUCUUUCCCGCGAUUGUUUAGAUUGGCGCGGUUUUCUUUGAAAGCUUCGAAACUUUUCGCGAGAAACUAAUUUAACGGCAAAAAUAAGGGAUGCGAUUUAAUGAUUGGUGUUGCUGGAAAUGAAGCGUAGAGAAGUGAUACAUGGAAUAUUUCGGGUAUGUUAUUAUAAUUCAAUGAAAUUAAGAAAGGAUGUGACUUGAUGCUUCAAAAAUCUGUGACAGCAGCUAUUUCAAGUAUUUAUGAAGAAAGAUAGCAUAUAACCUUUGAGAAAAAUUCUCCAAAAGUACUUCUGCAAAUAUGAUAUCUUCCUGUAUAUAUAACAUGAGAAAGCAUGUUUGUUCUUUCAAGAAAUUAAAAAGAAAUAAUGAAAUGUGUAUUUUAUGAGUAUGAAUGAGAAAAACAGGCAUGUGUCUGUUCCACAACCCUUGCCUGCCAAUUAUGGUCCUCCAGUUCCUCCAGUUGGACCAGGACCAGGCCAGGGACCAUGUGUGGGACAGCAGCAAUGGAUGCCAAGUCCUAUCCAUCCUGCAUCUUAUCACAUGCCUCAUCAGGGUUUUUCAACAAACUAUAAAAAUAGUAACGUUCCAGUCCGUGCCACUGGAUAUCCUACACCCAUGCAUCAUGGUGGGUACAUCCAACGUUACCCUCCAUAUGAUGCUCAGUGCCAAAGCUUUCCAUUUGCAAAAAUUCAUGAAGGUCUACCGCGUCCACCAAACCCAUCCUCUGCAUAUCCUAUUGUAAGGCAUUAUAAUACAUUCAAUGAAACACCAAAAGAUACUCCUGUAUCAAAAAGUGCUCUGGACAUGUUUCCUCAAAACAAAAAUUCACAACCAACUCAGAAUGUAAUGCAGAAAGAGAAAAAUUCUCAAGGGCUUGAAAAAAAUGGAAGAGAUGACUUGUUGUCAUCACCAUCAGAUGGGAAAAGUGACUCUGAGACAAACAACACUACAACUGAGUCUUGUCCAGAUGACACCAGAUCUCCAAAUAGUUGUGAUAAACAAGAAAAUUUCUGCGUGGAAAAGAAUGAAAGUUCUAUGAAAAGUGAUUCCAACUCUCAUAUUGACAUAGAACCUCACUCUAAGAAAAGUAAGACUGUUAAUAGUGACACUAACUCUGAGCAGGAUAGCCAAUCAUUUUCUUCCAUUUCUAAUAGCAAUAAUCAAGCCAAAAAAGAGAACUCUGCCAUUCAUCCUCCUUAUGAAAUGAGAAUACCAAAUCCAUCAUACCAACACUCUGACAAUAUGUAUGGAAUGUAUCCUGAUGGAGAAAGGAGAAUGCACAGCUUACAGCACAAUCCAAAUAUGGCUAUGAAUCCACACCACAUGAAUGAAACCAUGCAUUAUGGAUAUCGUGGCCCUGUGCGCAAUACUCUUAGUGACGUUGACAAGUUAAGUGAAUUAGAUUUUGCAGAAAAGAACAAUACUUCUGAAAAUGUCUUCCAAGUUCCUUCUAUAUCUUCCACGACUCCACCAAAGAUCUUCCCACCAAUCCCACCGUCUCCCAUAUCUGAGUCGUGGGAAGAUACAAAAUAUUAUGCACCUCAAGAAGACAUGGAUUCGGAAAAAGUGCCACGCAAAAAACGCAAGCGAUGUGGUGAAUGCCCAGGUUGUUUGCAAAAGCAGAACUGUGGAAGGUGUGGACCUUGUAGAAGCGUGCGUAGUCAUCAGAUAUGUAAAAUGAGGAAAUGCGAAUCGUUAAAGACCAAAAAAGAAAAGGCUGCUGAAGAUGCUAUGAAAGCUGGCAGAAAAAGUAAAGAAUUGUUAAGUGCUAGUGGUGUUGAAAGCCUUCGGAACACUGCGGGUGAUAGUGGGAAAAUUAACGGUGGACCUCAAAACUAUCAUAGCCAAGGAGAAACCCAGUCCCCGUCAAAUCCUGCUACAAUGCACCUAGGAAAUCAAGGAAUACGAAGUUAUGUGGAUCAAUACCAGCCUCAGGGGGGCAGCAACUAUCAACCGCCUGCUAUGUUAAAUUCUUAUAGUGCAAGUCCACAGUAUGGAUCCUACACACCACAAGUGCCACCACAUGGACCUCAUCUUCAGCCUGUGUUUGACAGCCGUUCUUCUUUGGGUAUGGAUGGUAUGGUAGAGAUAGAUGGUACAAAUUCAACCCACCGCAUGACCAACAGUCGUUUGAAGACUCUAAUACAUAACAGACAAAACCAAAGAGAACAUGGACAGUUGAUUCCAAUUUGUAAUCCAGUUCAUGAUCCUGCAUAUAAUGCAUCUCUUCCAGUAUCACCUGUGUCGCAACAGCCUUCAUAUGCGCCACAGUACCUACCUCCUUCUAAUCAUCAAGAAGUGAUUCACAAUUCUAUGCAAUUUUCUGGACCUGCAGAUAAUUCCUCAUCAUCUCUCAUGCAUUUGCAGCAGCUGUCACCAAAUUCCAUAGAACCUCAAAGGCCUGUAUCUCAAAGUUCACAGUCUGUCACAUGGAGUGAAACUCCAUCUAAUAUUUCUACUAAAACACCUGAAAAUCCACCUCCAUUAACUCAGAAAUCUCCUGUAAAACCAUCACAAAAUGGGCAUACUGAAUCUUCCAGUGAGGCACAGGUCUCUGAAGAAACCAAGGGAGUCAAUGGCAACGAAAAGCCAUCUGAUUCUUCUAGUAAUAAUUGUGCCUUAGAUACUAACAGUGAGACUGUUGAGGUACAAAAUCAUUCAGCCAAAAUUCUUCCAGAGACUGACAAUAAAUCAAGUGUUACAUCUAUUCAGGAUAACAAAAUACAAAUUCCUUGUGAUAGUGCUGCAAACCGAGUCCCUUUGCCUCCCCAAUCUCCUUCUGCUACCCCAAGGUAUGCUGCACCCGUUUCGGGCUUUAUGUCUCCUACACAUACCUAUCGACAUUUAGCCCCUCAUCAGACUCUGACUUCUAAUAUACCACUGCAGCAAAGCUGUAUGCCUCCUCCACCUACUAUGCCACCUCCUAUGACAACUGUAAUGCCAUACUCUUCUGCAAAUGGUGGAACUACAGGACAUAUGACCAGUGGUACAUCCUUAAAUCCUAUUCCUAUACCAAAUGAUACGAACUGUGAUGAGUCCAAUCAAUCGUCUCCUUUUUUAUUGAAUACGACCACAUCUAUGAAUACAUAUACAAAUAUUACCAGUAUAUAUAAUUCUAAGCUAUCUUUUUCUAAUGCUACUUGUUUGCCAACAUUUGCUUUAACCAGUGUGAGCAACAGUUCCCAAACAUAUGUCAGCUCACAUUCCUAUAAUUACAGUAGGCAGCAAAUGCAUUCGAAUUUCCCCAGUAGCAGUGCUGGAAUGCUUCCGAAAGGGGGAGGCACCUCAGUGUCAUACAUAGAUAGUGGUCGUAUUCAGGACUCGUUCAACAGAUCGGACAUUCCACUUGAUUGUCAACAAGACCUCCCCCUUCAACCAUCCACACAAAAUUGUGUUCCCCAAUUUUCAAGCAACUGGUCAAAAUAUGCAGUCAGUAGUUCACCUGUUAAUAAUUGCUCUUCUUCCGUUGCAACAAGUCUAGAAAAUAAGAAUAUGUGUUCUUUAGAAAGACUGGAGAAGUUACGAAAUAAUACAAAGUUAGAACCUCCACAGUGUAACUGCCUAAAAAAUAAAGAAGUAUUGCCAUCAGAAAAGUUGCCAUAUUAUACUCACUUAGGAAGUGGAGCUUCCAUUUCGGCCAUACGAGAACUGAUGGAGUGCAGAUCGGGUGAAAAAGGAAAUGCCAUACGCAUAGAAAAAUUGCUAUAUUCUGGUAAAGAAGGGAAAACAUCUCAAGGUUGCCCUUUGGCAAAGUGGAUAAUACGGCGUUCUGGACCGGAAGAAAAAUUGUUGACUGUUAUUCGGCAUAGACCAGGUCACACAUGCACAACUGCAUAUAUAGUAAUAGCUUUAGUUGCUUGGGAAGGUGUUUCACAACCUGUGGCUGACAUGCUAUACCAGACUGUUGUGUACAAGACAGUAAACUUUGGAAUACCAACCCAAAGGAAAUGUGGGACCAAUGAAAUGAGAACCUGUGCUUGUCAGGGAUUAGAUUCGGAAACUUGUGGUGCAUCUUUUUCUUUUGGUUGUUCGUGGAGUAUGUACUAUAAUGGAUGCAAAUUUGCAAGGAGCAAAAAUGCUCGGAAAUUCAAACUAACUGAAAAAGAUGAGGAGAAAGAAUUAGAAGAAAAAUUACAGACAUUAGCUACUGAUGUUGCACAUCUUUACAAAAGAAUUGCACCAGAAUCAUUCAACAACCAGACUGAAUUUGAGCAUCAAGCAUCCGACUGUCGGUUAGGUCUCAAAAAUGGCCGUCCCUUCUCAGGAGUAACAGCAUGUAUAGACUACUGUGCACACUCACAUAAAGAUUUACAAAAUAUGAAUAAUGGAUGCACUGUGGUUAGUAGAAUGUUGUUCAUCUGUGUGUAUCCACAUUAUAUUAUGCACUUUAAAUUCUGCUUUUCAAUAAUUCUUACCCUCCAUCUAUAACUGCAUGGAAAACUAUUUGAAAUGUAUUCUUUGCAAGCUUGCAUGACUAAUAUAAAGCAUGUCCUUUUUAUUUGCUGCGAUUUUUUUUUUAACUGGCUCUUUAUACACUAGACAUUUGACUUCUUUUUUCCUUCCUUCAAAGUUAUUAUAAACAAAAUAAUAUAUAAAAUUUUAAUGAAAAGUUAACAUUCUAAAAUAUAAAUUCAUAAAAUGAAGAUCUGACAUCUGUAAUAGAGUUUG